AUGUCCUCAUUACAAUCAUCAUCACCAAUACAUUCAGUAACAUCGCCAAAUUAUACAGCUGAUUUAUUUAAAAAAUUUAAACUUAAAAAUUAUCGUGCAAUACAAUCAAUGGUUGAAAAUGAUGAUCAAAUGGAUAUGAAUAGUUCUGAUGAAUCAAUAUCUCAAUCUGUAAUAGCUGAUAUUGAUGUUGAACAAGAGUUUGAAACAUAUUAUAGGAAAAUAAAUACACAAAUGAUUGAUACAAAUCUUAAUUCAUGUUUAUUAACACCAGAUAUUGAUGAUCUUAAACGACAAGAAAAAGAACUUUUACAAUCACUUAACCAAGUUGAUCAACAGAAUGAACAAGAUCCAUUAUCAAUCGAAAAUCAUGUCAAAUCAAUGCAAUCUGGAAAAAAACCUCGUAUACCAUGUGAAGUUUGUCAUGAUACAGCAACAGGAAUACAUUAUGGUUUAACAACAUGUGAAGGAUGUAAAGGAUUUUUUAAACGAACAGUUCAAAAUAAAAAAAUAUAUCGUUGUAUUGGCAAUGGUUCAUGUAUAAUUGAUAAAUUUCAACGUAAACGUUGUCAAUAUUGUCGUUUUACAAGAUGUUUAGAAAAAGGUAUGGUUAUUGGAGCGGUUCGUUAUGAUCGAACGCCUGGUGGACGAACACCAGCUAGUGUUGCUCUAUUAUAUAAAUUUAAUAAAGAAAAAUUUCAUUGUCAAAAUCGAGAAGAAUUUAAUAAUUUACUUGAAGAAGUAAUUCUAUCUGAUGCUGAACUUAAAGCAAAUAUAGAAAAUCAAUUAAAUCAAUCAUUAGAUAUAAAUUCAAAUAAAAAAGUUACACAUCAUUUUGAUCAAUUAUCUAUUUUGGAUACAUUAUAUGAUCAUUUAAAACCAUUAACUCAUAGUUCAAUGCCAUUAACAGAUGAAUUAAUAAAAAAAACUUCACAUUUAUUAAUUGAUUCAUUUAUAUCAUGGUAUCGUUCAUUAUCAUUUUAUUCAUUAUUAAGAAAAGAUUUAAAUCAAUUUAUAUUAGAAAAUCGUUGGUCAAAAUAUAUUCUUUUAGCAACAUGUCAAUUUUUAGCAGUACAAUAUAAUCAUAUAAAUCUAAUAUCAUAUGAUAAAUGUUUAAAACGUUUAAUUGAAUAUCAACAAAAAUCAUUACCUUCAUCAAUAUCAUGUGAAAUAAUAGAUCGAUUGAUAAAUUUUUUAUUACAAUUAAUUAAUUUAAAUUUAACUACUACAGAAUUUACAUUAUUAAGUAUAUUAAUUGCUAUUCAAUAUGAUAAAAUAAAUACAACAAUCGAUCAAAAUGAUUUAAUACUACUCGAACAAGUAUAUUUAAAAAAUUUGCAUGAAUAUGAAAAUCAAACACUUUCAUGUAAAGCAGCACAUCGUUUUAAUCAACUAUUACAUAUACGUGAACAAAUAAAUCAUUUAGCAGAAUUACUUCUUAAAGAAAGUCAUUUUUAUUUACCAUAUUUAUUAAUUCCUUAUUAA